AUGGUUGGUAGCUUCCAGGAGCUUCAAGCCAUCUCCAAGAGGAUACACAGGAAGGCCAGACAGAAGAACAAGCACACCCCUAAGUUUUGGUGGUCCGAGGACGUUGAGAAGGCCUGGCUGGACAAACGGGAGGCCAGAGCAGCUUUCAACAGAGAUGGAGGGAUGAGGCAGCUGAUAGACUUUAAGAAAGCGGAGGCAGUUUUCAACAAAAAGAAGAAGGAGGCAUUGAAACAACGCUUUGAAGAAUUCGUAGGUACCUUCGAUCCCCGAACACCGUCAAGAGAGGUAUGGCAGAAACUGAGAUGCCUGAAUGGAAGGAAGAAGAAGGGCAACAACGUGCUAGUCCAUGACGAUCCCUUGAUGGCUAAAGUCUUUCUGGACAAACACUUUCCCCAGGAGGACCAUCUCGAUUACACACCAUGUUAUCUACCAACGUACGACAUCAUCACACCCGUUUUCUGGGAAACGACUCUGGCAUCCAAAAAAGGUUCAUCACCUGGUCCAGACGGAAUAACAUACAGUCUACUACGAACCCUAAGCCCGGACGUUCGAGACAGCAUAAUCCGUGACAUGAACCACAUGUGGAAAACGUGUUCGCUACCCAAGGAAAUACGAACCAUAAAGAUCGUUGCUAUCCCUAAGCCAGGAAAAAACCCAGAAACGGUGGAAGGAACCAGACCAAUCUCCUUGGUUAACUGCGGCCUGAAGCUACUCAACGCAGCAGUAUUGGAUAAUCUACAUCAACAUCUGGAGGAGAAAGCGGUACUGCCUGAGUUGUCCUUUGGCUUCCGUAAGCGGCUGUCAACGGUCAGUUGCUUGGAAUUUGUGACAAACAGAAUUCAUCAGAUAAAACGAGCAAAUCAUAUCGCUGCGGUGGUUUUCAUCGAUCUGUCGAACGCGUGCAAUGCGGUCAAAGUAGAGGUGUUGGAACAGACGUUGUUGUCCAGUGGAGUACCUCCGGAAUUCUCCAACUGGAUGAUCGCGUUUCUGGUCAAUAGACCUAUUCAGCUACGAGUUAACAACGACACUAUAACACGUUAUGUAAGUCAAGGACUACCGCAAGGUGAUGUUCUUUCACCUACAAUGUUCAACAUUUACACAGCGACACUGCACAGCAUAGAGGAAGAAGGCGUCUUAGUCCAAUAUGCGGAUGAUUUUGCGGUAAUCAUUGAAGGACGUAGCAUUGAGGAAGUAGAAGCGCGAGGACAACGUUUUAUGAACAAGUUUGUAGAGAAGGCCAAAGAGCUGAACUUCACAGUGAACGCCCAGAAAACCAAAACAAUAGUCUUCAACAACAGCCCGAAAAAUCUCGACAUUUGUAUAGAGGCUAAUAGGAUAGAAACCGUAAGAAUGCACACAUACCUAGGUUUAUUGCUAGAUAAAUCUUUAAGGUAUGGGGCUCACAUUCGAGAGCUCUUACACAAGCUGACGGAAAGAUUAAACAUGGUGAAGGUAAUCAGUGGACUGAAACAUGGCAGCCAUCCUGAAACUCUUGGGCUAGUGUACAACGCCCUUUUCAGAGGUUUCAUCGAGUACGGAGCAAGUGUCUAUGGUUCUGCAUGCGCUACCAAUCUGAAUAAAAUAGAGAAGAUCAACAACUCAUGCCUAAGACGAAUCACUGGAUGUACUAAAACCACCCCGCUAAAUACUCUGCAAGCUAUAUCAGCACAGCCUCCGCUUCGUUUCAGAAGGAUCAAGGUAGUGAGUCGACAAGUAGCUAAACACUGCUAUGAAAGAACCCCUGUAUGGAACCAGCUCAGACAACAACAUGCCGACGAGGAAAGCAGGAUUUCGAUGACGGAAAGGAUCUAUAAGCAACACGAGCAUGUCUUGCAGGACAUGUCACACCGCAUCAAGAAGGAAGGUCAGCUCGGAGAUGUUCAUGUGCGGACUGCUCUGGACAAGGAGUUCUGGCCAAAGAAGACAACUGACGUAAAAAUACUCAAGCAGCUUUCCCUAUCAUUGAUAAACGGAAUGUACAGCGGUCGUCAGAUUAUCUACACUGACGCUUCCAACGACGGCGAAAGGAGUGGUAUUGGGAUUUACCAUGAAGCUCGGAACAUCAGGAUAAGUCUUCGCUUGCAGCACACGGUGUGCAUUAUGUCUGCAGAAAUUGAGGCAAUAUACGUUGCACUGCAGUACAUAUCAGGGAGCGACAUAACGGGAGCUGUAAUCAUGACAGAUUCGAAAUCUGGAUGCGAACUGAUUCAGAACAACUCUUCCAAACGAGAACGUGAUCAGGUGAUUGACAACAUCUUAGAGUUGGCGGCGCGAUCCGGAACAGCGAUACAGUGGAUACCUGGACACACCGGCGUCAAGGGCAACGAGAUGGCGGACCAGUUGGCCAAGGCCGGCACUUCUAGCGAAAAGAUCUGCAAAAACAAAUUGUUAAUACACGACGUGAUGAACUACUUUUCUUCAAUCAGUGAUCAGGCAGCGCAGCAAUGGUACCUCAACUAUACUGCAGAACUUGGUAAAGGGAGAAAGUUCUUCCAGAUAAAUAACACGAUCCCUAAGAAGCCCUGGCACUACAACCUACAGUUGAAAAACUUUGAAGUUCGCACACUAAACCGUUUGUUCGCCGGACAUGACUACUCCAACUAUUGGUUGAGUAAAAUGAAAAUAGUUAACGACGGCAUCUGCGAUAUUUGCGACACUGUAGAUAACUCUGAACACGUCAUAUUUUUCUGCGUCAAGCACGCACUAACAAGGCAAAAAUACAACCUAGACCAAUACUGCAAUAUGUAUCAAAUCUAUGAGAAAAAAGAUCUGUCUUUUCUACAAAAUGUAACAAACUUCCUACGAGAAAUCAAAAGCACGAUAUAA